AUCACCCGUCCAAUUAUCGUUCCAGGUGCGUUUCCACACCGUUUUCCAAUUAAUCCGGUCGAUUUUCACAUAGAAAAACGACCGCAAACGCAUUUUACAGCGUGUUUACAUAACGCGCACAGUUUUCAAAUCGAGUGCGCCGUACUUCCGGUGGACUAUGUCUGUCCUUGUCCGAUCGCGUGUAACCGGUCUCUUUCAUUCGUUCGCCGGUCGGUGUGCAAGUUCUCACCUCACUUCUACCUCGUUCGUAAGGAAUCUAAGCGAAAAAAUGGGUCUCCCGAAGGUGUUCUUCGACAUGGCCGCUGACGGCCAGCCCGUCGGUCGCAUCGUUAUGGAGUUGCGUAGCGACGUGGUGCCAAAGACCGCCGAAAACUUCAGGGCUUUGUGCACAGGCGAGAAGGGCUUCGGCUACAAGGGCUCCACCUUCCACCGUGUCAUCCCUAACUUCAUGUGCCAAGGUGGCGACUUCACCAACCACAACGGCACCGGUGGCAAGUCCAUCUAUGGCAACAAGUUCCAGGACGAGAACUUCACCUUGAAGCACACCGGACCCGGUGUGAUGUCGAUGGCCAACGCCGGACCCGACACCAACGGUUCCCAGUUCUUCAUCACUACCGUCAAGACUUCCUGGCUGGACAACAGGCACGUCGUCUUCGGUGCCGUCGUUGAGGGCAUGGACAUCGUGAAAAAGAUUGAGGCUUUGGGAUCUCAGUCCGGAAAGACGUCGAAGAAAAUCACCAUCACCGAUUGUGGUCAAUUGUCUUAAGGAGUUGUCAAAUUAAAAAAAGCAUAACAUAACGUAUAAGUUUACCGGUCGGUACACCCUUGUUUUUGUUCCUUAUUAAAUGUUUAAUAUUUGUGGAUAUUUGUUGCAGUCCGUAUCAUUCCAACUUUUUAGAUUCGGUGUAUCGUACGUUUUCCAAAUAGAAUUUGUCAUUCGGAAAAAAUUCAUGGGCUAUUGUAUGCCGAUAGGUUUAGUAAAGUCUUGCAUUUAUAAUGUUUCUACUUCGUAUCUGCAUCAAAUAAAUAACCAUAACUAA